AUGGCCGACCCCUUCGAGGUGCGCAUGCGCUUCACCAAUCUCCUCAGCCACCUCUCCGCGUCCGCCACGGCCGCGAUCAAAACCGCGCAAUAUGCCCUCAAACACCGGGACAUGGACGAGGACCUCCACUCAUGUAUCCUCGAGAACCUCGAGCGAGGGAACACAAACAUGAACAACCGUGCCAACAUCAUGUACUUCUUGGAACACCACGCGGACAUCAACAUGAAGGAAGGAGGCCACGAGGCCUACGUGGAGAUGGUCAAGAGGGACAUUGUGAGGAUCGUGGAAGCCGUCGCGCAGAGCGGUGCCAACGUCAAAGUCGUCAGGCGGGUUGUCACGGGCCUGGGCGAGAAAGGCGUCCUGACGACCGAGCUGAUCGGUACGAUCGAGAGUGGACUGAAGGACAAAGAGGAGAAACUGGGCAAACUCCUGGGAGACGAGUAUGUCGACGCAGAAGCAUCGGCCGAAAAGGACGCCAUGGAUCUCACUGCUGCGGAGGGUGGCGCAGGGGAUGGUGUUCAGAAACCGACGCCACGCACCGGAGCAGAGCGUUCGGGAAAGUCGAACGGCGUGUCGAAGAUGGAUAAGCGGGCGAUCGAGCAGAGGAUAGAAGAGGACAGAGAGCGGAACAAACGACUACGAGAGAGUGUCUGGGCUGUCACGGGCGACGACGAUCAGGAAUUAGACAAAAUGUGGGAGGAGGGUGCGUUGCUGGGCGAGGACGAGCAAGUUAUCGCCGACGAAGAGGCUGAAGAACGUCUUCAAUUCGUCUCUUAUCAUCAAGCUCUGGCUACCUGA